ACAUAGAGUAACGCAGGGAAUUUGGUCCAACUUUGGUUCGGGAUCUUGAUUUUCAAGGGAAACAAUGCCGCUUCGAAAACCUCCACCCAGCCCAUCACUCCUCUCACCAACCGCAUACGACGACGAUGUUGAUGCUAUUUCUCUGAGAUCGUUGUCCGAUCAGGACUCUGAUUCGGAAGACGAUGAACUUAUAAAAGGCUCUAGGACAACCCUGGAAUUGUCCCAGCAUGACAGAACUGUUCUGGAGGAGGAGGAAGAACGUGAGCGGCUUCUCGUUAAGCAAAGCCCAACACAUGGGCUACGGAGGAUAUUCGGUCAUGAUAAUGGCAGCAGCGUGCGCAUUGGGAAGCAGGAGAGGAGAAGGCAACGACGUCUACAGCGAAGAGCAGAUCGGAUAAAGCGUAUGGAAGAGAAAGGAGAGGAGAUGGGUCUGAUGUUCGAGAUGGAAGAAGGCAACAUUGAUGACAAUACAAGCUCCCAUUCGUCGGGAGGGUCUUCGAUUUUGAUUCAUCCUGGUUACAAAUCGUCGAGGGGUUCAUGGUGUUUCAAGGUAUCCAUAUUAUCUACGGGGAUUGUGGUUUUAUUCCUUAUUCUAUACUUGGGCGCAUACAAGGAAUCAAGCAGUUUCCGAUCCGCCCGCCAGCCACGCACCCUGUUGUCGAAUGGCACCUCUCUCUUCGCUCCAACAACGAUUUUGAUCUCCUUGGAUGGUUUUCGAGCCGACUUUCUCAAUCGCGGUCUUACUCCAGCCCUCAAUUCCUUUAUCGCCAACGGAAUUUCCCCAGCCUACAUGCUUCCCAGUUUCCCUAGUGUAACAUUCCCAAAUCAUUUUACACUAGUGACUGGGCUUUACCCUGAAAGCCAUGGUAUCGUGGGUAAUUCCUUCUGGGAUCCGGUCCUGCGGGAAGAUUUUUAUUAUACUGAUCCGGCAAGAAGCCUGGAUCCAAAGUGGUGGACUGCAGAACCAGUGUGGGUGACUGCUGAAAAGCAAGGGGUUCGCACAGCGAUUCACAUGUGGCCAGGUUCGGAAGCCCACAUCGGUAACAUUGAACCCACGUACCUUGAUAAAUUUAAUGCAAAAGAGGACUUAGCUAGCAAAGCCAAGAGAGUGCUCUCAUUUUUGGACUUGCCUGGCGACCAAGAAGCACAGGACCUGUCAUCGGAUACUGAUAGACGACCACAACUAAUAGCCGCUUAUGUGCCUCACGUUGAUUCUGAUGGACAUACUUUCGGUCCGAAUAGUACUGAAAUCCGAAGUACGUUAGCUCGUGUGGAUGAAAUGCUUGCAGAAAUUUUCAAAGGGCUUCACAGUCGCAAUCUGACCGACGUGGUCAAUAUCGUCGUCGUAUCUGACCAUGGUAUGGCCACUACUUCAACUGAUCGUCUUGUCCAGUUAGACGAUAUCAUUGACGUGGAUUUGGUGGACCGCCUUGAUGGAUGGCCCCUUCAGGGCAUCCGUCCUAAAAGACCUGAAGAUCUAGAAAUACUGAAGCAGCAGCUGGCGGAAUCAUCCAAACAAUACAAUGACUCCAUCGAUGUUUACACUCGGGAAACGAUGCCUGAUCGCUAUCACUUCUCCAGUAACGAUCGUAUUGCGCCGUUAUGGGUAGUACCAAAAACAGGGUGGGCGGUCGUUGAAAAGUCAACCUUCAAUGUUCAGGAUGCGAAAAUGAAGAAAACAGUUUAUCACCCGAGAGGCCUUCAUGGAUAUGAUCACGAACACCCUCUCAUGAGAGCAAUUUUUGUUGCUCGCGGCCCUAAGUUCCCUCACCACCCCAAUAGCCGUGUGGAAAAUUUCCAAAAUACCGAAGUAUACAAUAUCAUCUGUGACUCCUUGGAAAUAGAAGCCCACCCAAAUAACGGAACUCUCCGCCUCCCUCUAAAUCCUAUUGGUUUUCAUUCCCCCGAAGACUUUCCAAGUGCCAAUUCACCAGAUGAUCCUCCCAUUAAUACAGGCCCUAGCAGUGCUGUUAUUACCUCCAAACUCCAAAUAACUGCUUCCAGCAAUUCGCCAACAACGAUACUGAAUUCUGGCUCACCGGAUCCUACAUCCACGCCCAAACAUGGCGAAAAAGACACCAGCGCUUCGACGAGCUCGUCAUCAUUGUGGGACAAAUUUCUCGAUAGAAUCCAAUGGUUAAAGAAUUGGGCCCAAGGUUUUCUAGACUCUGUUGAUAGAUAGCGUACGAUACUCCAUACUCCGUUUCAUUUUCGAUUUUCCCUCGAGGUAUAGUAUCUCCUCCCAUCCCCUUGUACGUUUCAUAUGCUACCCUGCAUUUUUGUUUGUAUCAUGCACGAUACCCAACGCGGCAUUUACCAUUUGCAAAUCAUGGCAUUACAUUAAAUUUGUUUAGCUUUCACACUGCUCGCAUCCGGGUAUUUUUUUGCCUUUGGUUUUGAUUUCCUUUUUCUUCCUUUGUUUUGGCUCUUUCCCCUAUUUUUCAUUUCCAUCCUAUAGGCUCCCUUGCGAUAGAAAAUUUCUGCUUCUAUUUAGUAGACUUAAUUCGUCCGCGGACGUGAUAUCUAGAAUAUUUGGUUGCCAUUCAACUUUCUUCGCUAGCC